UUAAGUCGCGACCACGUUAACUGCCGACCGUCUUCCGAAUGCCGCCCCGGUUGCUCUUAGUUACGGCAGCUGUUUGUAGCAGGAGGAAAGCAUGUUAGCUUUUCUUGCCGAUGCUUUGUCAAGGUUUUGUGAAUUCAGAAGUUGGUCGCAAGUUAAUGUGGUCUUGGGUUAUUUUUUAACACCGGGCUCUCAGAGGGCUUUCACAUUUGUAAUGUAUUGAAAUGAAGCCAAACCCAAUCAUUGCCUUAAAGCUGGUGGCCCAUCAGUCAGUUCCAUGGCACUAAGAAGAGGACACAUCAGGUACCUCAAGGUGUGUGAGGUGCAGACAUCUCAAAGUGAUGAUGCCAGAGAUGUUCAACACCCUGCUAGAGCAGCAGCAGGAAAGGACCCGUACAGUAAUGGCUUCUCUGAUCAGCUUAUGGAUGAUGACGCAAGGACCAACCUCAUCGUAAACUACCUUCCGCAAAGCAUGAGUCAGGAUGAGCUGAGGAGUCUGUUUAGCAGCGUUGGAGAUGUCGAGUCAGCAAAACUCAUCCGAGAUAAAGUUGCAGGCCACAGUUUAGGUUACGGCUUUGUUAACUUUGUUAACCCUAGUGAUGCAGAGAGGGCUAUCAGUACCCUCAAUGGCCUGAGGCUACAGUCUAAAACUAUCAAGGUUUCAUAUGCACGGCCAAGUUCGGACACUAUCAAAGACGCAAAUCUGUACAUUAGUGGUUUGCCGAGGACACUGAGCCAGCCUGAGCUUGAGGACAUGUUUGCUUGCUAUGGACGCAUUAUCAAUUCAAGGGUCCUUGUGGACCAGGCCUCAGGUCUGUCUCGGGGUGUGGCUUUUAUUCGAUUUGAUAAACGAGCUGAAGCUGAAGAUGCCAUCAAACAUCUCAACGGAAACACACCCCCUGGUAGUUCUGAGCCAAUCACAGUGAAGUUUGCUGCCAAUCCCAACCAGACCAGGAACUCUCAGAUGAUGUCACAGAUGUACCAUGGCCAAUCACGGCGCUUUGGAGGACCUGUCCAUCACCAGGCACAGAGGUUCAGGUUUUCUCCAAUGAGUGUGGAUCACAUGAGCAGCGGGGGUGGGUCAUCUGGGAACUCACCAUCUGGUUGGUGCAUUUUUAUCUACAACCUUGGUCAGGAGGCAGAUGAGGCUGUGCUGUGGCAGCUGUUUGGCCCUUUUGGUGCCGUUGUCAAUGUGAAGGUAAUCCGAGAUUUCAACACCAACAAGUGCAAAGGCUUUGGUUUUGUCACUAUGACAAACUACGAGGAAGCCGCCAUGGCCAUCCAUAGCUUGAAUGGGUACCGUCUGGGGGACAAGGUUCUUCAGGUUUCAUUCAAGACCAGCAAGGGGCACAAGUAGAGGUGGUAAAUAUUCAGGUGUAUGAUCAGGGGGUGUUACAGUGUUUAUGUUUGUGUCUGUCAUAACAGGCUAAAAUAAGAAUAGAAUUCACAUGUCUUCAUUGUAUCUAUCUCUUAUAAUAAUGGGUUUGACACCAGCAGAUCUCUUUCUUUUCAUUGUAACUGUAGGUUAGGUGUCUUAGUGAUAUGCCAGUGAGCUCAGUGUUAAACUGGUAGGAUCUUCUUCCUAGGCAGUCUGGUACAUCGCAGACUGUAUGUGGAAAGGAAAAGAAAGAUUUGUGUUCUGAUUCACAGAACUGAAUGUGUUUCAGUUAAAUCAACAGAUGUCACAUGCAAAAACUAUAAACAAAAUCCAACUUCAGUUUUUGUUUUUGUUUUUUUUUUCCCCCCCAAAAAAGUGAGAUUUCAUUCAGUUUUUGUGUCACUGUCACGCACUUCCAAUUAAGCAUAAGAUCAAAGAUGCUAAGCAAAGCUGAGGUUCUGUAUUUGUGACAGUGUUUGAAGAAUCUUUUGAUUCUGAUGUUAUUUACCGUUUGGUCCCAACAGUGCUCACAUCUCUUGCUUUCGGCCAUUUUCAUUUCUAGAAGGCAAUGAAAGAUAAAGCUGUAGGUAUUAGCUUUGUCAGACAAAGCACGUGCAGCAAGUUUUGGAGCACACAAAAGUUAAUUAUCUCUGCUUUGUAUGUGUGUUUUAGAGCUGAUGUGGACAUAGGCUUGAAAUGUAGUGUCAGUCGCAUCUUUAGUUUAAAACGUGUAAUGAAAUUUAUGUCCCAAAUUGGAGUAACAUUCUUCAUCUAGCUUUUUUUUGCAUUUAUCAGAAUCUGUUUUGUAUUGGUUUAAGAAUUCCCAUCAGAUUGGUCAUUUGGACCAAACAUUAGGUGUAUUUCAUGUGUGCUCCUUUUUUCCAACAUUUAUUUUAUGUUGCCAUUUUAGGUGGAGCGUGAAUAGUAAUAGUCAAAACAAUUUUGUUUUUUUAUAUAGAUUUUUGUACUGCAGCUAUGUGGUGUGAUAUAGAAUGUUUCCAGACCAAUAAAUCUGUUGAUAUAAACAA